AUGGAGCAGCUGCAGACUGCAUUGAUUGCAAUUAAAGUAUUACGUUCUAGUGUUGGUCAAGUUUUUGAUUCUCUUGGAAAUGGUCUACGAGCUGACCAUGGAGAAGAAAAUAAAGAAAAUAAAUAUUUACUUGAACUGCAAGAACUUUUAACAACUGUCAGUGUUAAUUUAAGAGAUGUUGAACAAGCUGUAAGUAGUUUAAAUCCACCACCUGGACCAUUUAAUUUAGCAAGUACUGCGUAUCUCAGUCAAGAGACAACACAAGAAAGACAAGCACUAUAUAGUACACUUGUUAAUAGUUACAAAUGGACUGAUAAAGUCCACGAAUAUAGUAAUGUUGCUCAAACAUUAUUUAGUCAAAACUCAUUGAAGAGAUCUUACAUUAAUUCUAGUAGAGCAAAAAGAGGCAGAGUUCAAACAAGUAACCAUAAUGUUCCUCAACAACAAGUGGAUUCAAUGAUAGGCACAUUUGAUAGGCUUUUCAAUGACAUGACAGUAUCUGUAUCACGGCCAUUUGCAUCAAAUGCAGUUUUACAUGUUACACUAGGACAUGUUUUAAAAGGUGUUAUAGCAUUUAAGGGCCUAAUGAUUGAGUGGGUAGUGGUUAAAGGUUAUGGGGAAGCUAUGGAUCUGUGGACAGAAUCAAGACACAAAGUUUUUAGAAAAGUAACUGAAAAUGCCCAUGCUGCUAUGUUACACUUUUAUUCACCAGCUCUGCCUGAAUUAGCUGUCCGAUCAUUUAUGACUUGGUUUCAUAGCUUAAAUAAUUUAUUUAGUGACCCCUGCAAACGUUGUGGCUUGCACCUACACAGUGCUUUACCUCCAACGUGGAGAGAUUUUCGAACACUAGAACCCUAUCAUCAAGAAUGUAAACCAUAAUAAUUUCUACUAGAACUUUGUGGCACAA